UCGAUCUCACGAUCCCGAACCAGGAACUCAUUCGAACCUGACCUUCAUACAAAAAAUGACUUUGAUUCUACAGACCAUUGAUUCACCUAUACCUCGAUUUUUAUGGUUGCGCAGUGCGCUUCGGUGUCGAUAAUUUAUAACUGGAUUGUUCGAUCCUAGGAUCACUGGUUCCGAUUGAACUUGGAAUGAUCAUUCGGGGCUUACGGAAUGAAAUCUAGGAAAAUUCGAGGAUGAUAGCAAUAUGCGACACACUUCAAAAGCGAAUUAUCCCACAAUGACGACCCAUCGACCUUCGUCACCACCGACCUCUCCGGACGACUCAUUUCAUUCAACCAAGACUCGUCCCGCCAUGGCUCUGAACAAAAGGCAGGCUGGCAUGUUCCAGUUCAGUCAUUCGCCUCCUUCCGAUGAUCCAGGUUCUCUACCUAGACAUGUAUCUCUUUGGGGUUCUACACAAGGUCCGGGAUCCACUCACCGUUCUCCAUCACAAAUGUCAAUCAGUGGUUCGGAAGCUGAAGAUGAGGAUAUCUCCGACUCAGAUGAGGAUAACUCUGAGGAUGUCGAGGAUAUCUCCGACUCAUAUGUCUCCGACUCAGGUGAGGCAUUGGAUGAAGACCUUAUACAUGAGGAACCUUUGACUAUUCGAGAUGCCAUCCCUGAAAUCGAUGAGCACCUCUCCGAUUCGUCAACUUCUUCACGGGAUUUUCAACCAUCGAUCCAUGUAUUUGCGGAUGGCAAACAACGAUUCGCUACAUUCACGGUUGAAGAAGUCCAUACUGCCACCAAUAUUGCCGACGCCGAAGUUGUCCAUCCCGAUAUCUCGGAUGCUGAGACCGAUCUCAAUUCCAAUCAAGAUCGGAAGCGAAGAGAGAGCCGAGAGUUCUGUUCUAAGUUCUCUGGAUUGCAGUGCCAUGAAGAACAUUCCGAUGACAGCACCGACGGUGAAGACACGGAAAUUCAACGUCGUCGACUUGAACGACAAAAACGCUGGAGUCAACGAUCAUCUUAUCAAAAGCGAACAUACACCGAGAGUCUUGGUUCUUCAGGUAGUGAUCGUGCCAGUUGUGAGAUUGAUCGAGAUAUGGUGGAUGGACAAGGGAUCAGUCGUAGCGAGAGAAGACUACGACGUCGUAUUCGUGGACCAGGUGACACUAGUCGCUUUAGUCUCAAUUCAGUCGAUGAAGAAGUCUUCAACUUCUUUCAACAAGGAGCUCUCCUUGCGGAGGAACCCGAUGAAUGGGAUUUGAAUACCGAUUGCCCGUCAGGAUAUAUGGGGGUAGAAAGAAUAGCUGAUUCGAUGGAUCGAGCAUGGCAGGAGCUUCCAUUCUGGCGGGUUGAUCCGAUGGUUAUUGAUGAUCUGGAAACCUAAAGCUUUUAUUUCCUUUGUUUCUUUCUUUUCGGCCGACACGGCUCCGAGACACACCUUGACACAAUUGGACUCUUGUUGGUCAACGUCGCGUCAAUGUUCAUCAGGCACGGUACAGGAGGCCUUAAAAGCAAAUGAGGAUGAUGGAACGCCUGAUAUGAUCAUUUUGAUGGAUGAAGAGAUUCAUGAGGUAUAAGACAUGAACCAUGAGAUGCAUGGAUACAGCUUGGGGCAUCAGCGACUUUCUCAUAUUACAUU